UUUCUCUCCCUCUUCCAUCGUAGUAUUUUACAAAUACAAGCAUCCUCUCUCCCUCUCCCUCUCUCUCUCUCUCUCUCUCAAUCUCAAAUGCGAAGAAAUUCAAAAACCAUUUCCCGAUCCCAUUGAAAUCAAAUCCAAACAUAUUUUGAUAUUCUGAUCCUUCAAAUCCUCGUUUCCUACCUCAAAUUUCAAGCUCAAAAGACAAACGAACAAAAUAAAAUGGGGGCGUAUAGAGCGGAUGACGACUACGACUACCUAUUCAAGGUGGUGCUAAUCGGCGACUCAGGCGUCGGCAAGUCCAAUCUGCUUUCCAGGUUCACGCGAAACGAGUUCAGCCUCGAGUCCAAAUCUACCAUCGGCGUCGAAUUCGCUACGCGUAGCAUUCAUGUCGAUGACAAGGUCGUCAAGGCCCAGAUUUGGGAUACCGCCGGCCAAGAAAGAUAUCGUGCAAUCACAAGUGCAUACUACAGAGGAGCUGUUGGUGCAUUGCUUGUCUAUGAUGUCACUAGACAUGUCACUUUUGAAAAUGUGGAGAGAUGGUUAAAGGAGCUUCGUGAUCAUACUGAUUCCAACAUUGUCAUCAUGCUUGUGGGAAACAAGGCAGAUUUGCGUCACUUGCGUGCUGUUUCAACUGAGGAUGCCACAGCUUUUGCUGAGAGAGAGAAUACCUUUUUCAUGGAAACCUCUGCCCUAGAGUCCUUGAAUGUGGAAAAUGCCUUCACUGAAGUGCUCUCUCAGAUAUAUCGUGUAGUCAGCAGGAAGGCUCUUGAUGUUGGGGAUGACCCAGGAGCCUUGCCCAAGGGACAGACUAUUAAUGUUGGCUCUAAAGAUGAUGUAUCAGCCGUGAAAAAAGUUGGAUGCUGCUCUGCAUAGCCUCUGCAAAUGGUGAAAGCCCUGUUGGUAUAAAAUAGUAUCUUUUGCUUUCAAUUUUUUUUUUUUUUUUUUUUUUUAAAAUUUCUAUGUGGUUUAGAACAUCUAAGUCUUUGUUACACGAUAGAAUGAGACCACAUGGGAAUGCUUAGUGAACAAAUCAUGUCUAUGACGUAUCAUGCACCAAGGCUUUAGAAUCUUGUUGGAGUUACGAUGAAGGCCCUGGUAUUUAGAUGUAAAGUAUUUUUUUUCCCCUGCAUUUGUUGCACGCUCAUUCUCUCACUUUUUGCUUCUUUUUCUUUUUUCACAUUCUCUCAGAGUAUUAUUCUAGUUCAUAGCUGGUUUGUGUCUAUUUGAUUAGGUUACAUUUGAUUGUGCAAUUUGGAGUUUUGAGGUUUACUACGAUAUUUGUGUUAUUGUAUUUAAUUGAUUGACCAGAUGGUAUUGAAAUUCAGUUUGCUUUGUUUCCUC